AGUAAUAAAUUAGAUUAUAAAAAACUUAGACCUUUUGAAAUUAUUAAAAAAGUCUUACUAAUUAAUUACGAAUUAAGAUUACUAAAUACAAUACGAUACUAUCCCGUUUUUUAUAUUUUACUACUUAAACCUAUACUAAAAAGUUUAUAUAUAAAAAGUUAUAUUAUUAUUAAACUAAACUAA